CCUCUAUUUAAAGACAUUAGUCAAAUUUAAUGAAGUGAAAAUAAAGAAAAGCUCGUGGCGGAGGGAGACCAGUCAGACAUGGCUAGCGGAACCACUUUACUUGCUGCUAUUCUAAAACUUCUGAUCAUUUUCUUGUUCGCAGGUUGGGUUUCCCUUUGGCUUCUGAAGCCAACCCAAAUAUGGACAAGAAAAUGGAAGCAUGCAGAAGAUGUCGCCAAUGAUACAAUUUUUGGAUACUAUGGUCUUAGCUUUGCUGUGUACACGUUUCCUAUAAUUGCUAUUGCUAUAAUUGGACUUCUUUCAUUGGAUUUGAAAGCUGGAUAUCAAAGAAGCAGAAGCGCAAGGGUUCCUUCAAAAUCAAAUAUCUUCUCAAAUCCACUGGUGGUGAACAGUACAGUGGGAAUCUUAUCCAGUAUUGAAAUACUGGUAGCUUUCCUUUUUAUCGUCUUCUUAGCAUGGACCUAUUACUCUCGUAUUUCCUCAGACUUCAAAAAGUUGAUGCCGGACAAAUCACUCAAGUUGAAUACAUGGCAACUCAAGUAUCUCAGAAUAGCAACCCGGUUUGGCUUGCUAGCAGAAGCCAGCCUGGCAUUGCUGCUUCUUCCUAUUUUAAGGGGGUUGGCUGUGUUUCGCAUACUUGGCAUUCAGUUUGAAGCUUCAGUUAGAUAUCAUACCUGGCUCGGCACUGCAAUGAUACUUUUUGGUACGAUACAUGGCGCAAGCACCUUGUUGGUCUGGGGGGUCAGCCACCAUAUACAGCAUGAGAUUUGGAAGUGGCAAAAGACAGGACGUAUAUACCUCGCUGGGGAGAUUACGCUUGUGGUGGGGCUAGUUAUAUGGAUCACUUCACUUCCCCAAAUUAGAAGGAGAAAGUUUGAAAUAUUCUACUACACACAUCAUUUGUAUGCAGUCUUUCUAGUAUUUUUCUUGUUUCAUGGUGGGGAUAGGCACUUUUAUACAGUCUUCCCAGGAAUAUUCCUUUUUAGCCUUGAUAAACUGAUCCGAAUCAUACAAUCAAGUCCAAAAACUUGCAUCGUUUCUGCUAGAAUUUUUCCCUGCAAAGCUGUGGAGCUAAUCCUUCCCAAAGAUCCUGGGCUGAAAUAUAACCCUACAAGUGUUAUAUUUUUGAAGAUGCCAACCAUAUCUCAUCUUCAAUGGCACUCGUUCAGUAUAAUAUCUAGUUCCAGGGCUGAUGACCAUAUUUUGUCUGUGAUAAUUAAAUGUGAAGGGAGGUGGACUAAUUCUCUUUAUGACCUGGUACAUGCUGAACUAGACAAAACUGCAGAUAAAAGGAAGGGAAUACCUGUUGCAAUCGAAGGACCUUAUGGACCUCCUUCAUUAGACUUUUUGAGAUAUGACACCCUUCUUCUGGUUGCUGGCGGAAGUGGAAUAACCCCAUUUCUGAGCAUUUUGACAGAAGCUGAUUCAGCUACCAGCAAAAGCAGAUUUCCCUCGAGAAUACAGCUUGUGUAUGUCAUUAAAAAGGCACAAGACUUCUGUCUGUUACAUUCAAUCUCGCAUCUGUUACUCAACCAACCAACUGAAAAUUUUCAUUUGAAUCUAAAAUUGUUUGUAACCCAAGAAACACAAGCGGAGGUGGGAACUAGGGAGCUACUAAAUGAGUUCUUAAAAGUCAGAACCCUGCAAAUGAACAGCGUGUGUUCAGAUUAUGCAGCAUACGGGCCUGAAAGUCCAUCUUGGAUGGCUGUCAUUGUAGGAUUUUGCUCCAUCAUUUUCCUUAUUUUCCUUAUCUGUUUCAACCAUUUUAUAAUUCCAUCUGGAAAGCGGUCCAAAAUGACAAAGGAAAAGACUCCCUCUUGGGUUGUGGAUCUUCUUCUGAUAGCUGCUUUUGUCCUAGCUUUAGGUUGCAGCACCUCGGUGGCAGCUAUUUUGAGAUGGAGAAGGCUUAGGAAAGGGAUUCCACAAAUAUCGCAAAGAGAAAUUAAACCCCUUGAUCUAAGUUCAGAUGAAGCUAGGAAUGCACUUGAAGAACAUGAAGUGCAUUUUGGGGGAAGGCCUAACUUUAAAGAUAUAUUUGGCAAGCUCCGGAAUGAAAGCGGUGGAUCUAAUAUUGGAGUUUUGGUUUGUGGACCUGAAAGCAUGAAGGAAUCGGUGGCGGCCGCAUGCAAGCAGGAAUCCGAGUGUAUCAAGUUCAGUGCAAAGAGAACAGAAUCCUGCUUCACUUUCCACACUCUCAACUUCACGCUGUAAAAGUCCAAAUAUGGCUUCCCAAAUUUGUGUGGUCUAUCAAGGCAAGGAUCUCAGUAAGCUUUCAAAGCGCCCCCGUGUAUCUAAUAUCUAUCAAUAGAUAUAUAUCUAUCAAUAGAUAUUUGAAUGCAAUAGUCAAAAGGCGGAAAGAUUUAGGUAAUGUUCCAUAAGUAUUUUAACUUUUAAAUAUUAUAGUCAAAUGGAGAAAGAUUUAGGUACUGUUCCAUUGAUGAUGUUGUUUUCCAAUAAAAGCACACCAUAUGUUGCAGUUUAUCAAUGAAAAUAUAGCACAAGCAAUAUCUGUUACACGUUGUAUUUUCUUUAGAAAAUAGCAUCUAUAGAAAAGUAUCAUGGACUCAAAGUUUUGUCCUAAUCAAAACACCCUUUUCCUGUC